CACGUAGCACAUUCAUCCUUUAAUCAACAAAAGCAUUUUUUUUCAGCAGUGGUUCCUUGAUCCCACCAUGUGAACUCCCUUGUCUCUGUGAGGAUCCCGAGUGCUGAGGGCAAUCAUGAUGGAUACAGAGAACCAGUGGUCCGAGGCGUUAGCCAGCAACAAUGUAAGAGCUAUCAUCUGCUGGCUACGGAAGCUUACAGCUGAAGGUGAAGCAGAUGUAGAGCAAACCCUACUGACGUUCAGCUGCUGGGUACAGAAGACAUCAGAGUUGGCUAAAAAGGAGUUAUUAACAUUGUGUUUCAGCCACUGCCAGGGACUGUGGAUGUUUCUGGACCGGAGCUCUUUUACCAGAGUGCACGUGCUGCUGCAGAGACUGAGGAACCUGCUCACUCUGGCCCACUGGGCAAGAAAGCAGCUCAGUUCAGCCCACCUCUGGCACGGUGUGGGGGUCCCGUGCAUGGUGUGCAGGGAUACAGUCGGCUCCUCAGACCUGAGACAUGGCUGCUGGAACCGAGAGCACAGGGCUCUAAAGAAACACAUCUGGCUGGGGCGGCUGAUUCAGUGGUGGGGCAUCAUGGGGCUUCUGCCCAAGUACCCUGAGGCUCAUGAGGUGAAGCGUAUCUCUCAGAUGUGGAAGGAAAUGGGUGACAGCCAUCACAAAGCCUUUCUUGACACACUUGGAUUGGAGGAGGGAGAAACUGGAAGAUUCUGCUCAUUGAUACAGGGGAUGGUGAUUCAGCUGGACAGACAACAUGGGUGCAUUUGGACCUCUGAAGACUGCACAGACCAGUGCUACCCUCCUCCUAAUCUGCAGGCCCUGCUGAAGCUCCUGUUGGUGCCUCAUAUUGACAAUAUGUCAGUCCAAGCUCUUCUCAUGUACUUUGUUCUGGACAUGGCCAACUUCCUGAAGUGCAAAGAUGACCUCCUCCAGUCUUUCUGCCUUGCCUUCACUAUUCCCCCCUGUUUUUCCCAACAAAUUAGGGCCUUCUGGAUGCUCGAUCACGGACACAUCAAGCAGCCAUAA